CACAUUACGAGUUACUGAGGGGUAGUUAAAUUUGCAAUACAGUUUUGCAAAGCGAGUGGCAGGUUGUGUCGUCGGUACAGUUAUGCGUAGAACGGUAGUACAGAUUAUGUUCGCUUUUUAAACUAGUGACGCGUAUCGAACAACAAUCGCAGCAACCACUUUCACAAACCGCACCAAACGUCAAAACCACAACACAUCGAAAAUGUCCCACUUGGAGCUUUCCUGGCCGGAAAAUGUGCAGCACAUGAUUUUUCGUGAGCUGGGAAGUCACUACAUCCGGCAGGGCCAGUACCGGGCGGCUGUCGGUAACUUAGGUAAAGCCGUGACGGCCAAUCCGGAAGCGAUCGAUUGUCACUUUCGCAAAAGUUUGGCUCACUUCCAAAAUUCCGACUUGACGGAUGCUCUCGCCAGUGUUCGCCGAGGGCUUGCCGUCGUACGGGAAGAGUCGGAUCCCCGAGGAGAGGAUUUUCCCUGUUCACUACAGGAAUGUCGGGCACUGUUCGAACUGGAUCAAUUCGAGGAGCACGUGAAAGUGGCUUCCAACCGGAAACGUCACUUCGUCGGGCACAGACUGAAGGAUAUGGAAGAUGAGAUUCAGCUGGGAGUUCGAAACUACGAGAAUAUCUUGGGUGAUCGUGCGGGACCUUGCUUGUAUCGACAGCGUCAUCGGUUUAAGAGGAUCGCGGGUGAACGUAAACUAGGCGAGCAGGAUAAUGCGAAACCCGCGUGGAAGGUGAAACGAGAUCGUGGUGAGUGCGACGUUAUGAGUGUGCUCGAGUUGGUCAUCAAACAUCCUCACAUUAGAGAAAAGAAACGCCAGGAAAAAAAUCUUAAAAUGUUAGGUCAAGUUUACUUGAACCGUGGGUGGAAGGAUUUGAUGUUUUUAAAUUCGCUGCGCAAAGAUGGAGCCUGGGAGAAGGUCGUCAAUUUAGCCGAGGCGAAGGAGAGUUCCAAGGUUUUAUCGGACACGGUCGAAAAGUGCUUCAAACGAGUGGAUGCGGCUGUGAUGAGCUUACAAUCGAGAACUCCAUUUGCUACUUAUCGCUCGAACAGGUUUGGUACAAUGGAGAAGGCUGAUUCCUACACGAUGGGUAACAUUUUGAAACAUCGCUACACAACCUACCGAGAGGCAAACAAUCAAUUGAAACGUAUGCGAGAGCUAAGGAAACGAGGUCAGAUGAUCGAUUUGUUGGAGUACAUUGGAGAUACACUUUGGAACUACUAUCAGAUCAAAACUGUUCGCGUAUUUCCCGACCGCUACAAGUUUAUCAAUGAAGUUUGUAAUCUGGCCGGGCUAGCCAUUGUGGACAGCUUCCAGAUUCCUCCAACCUUGAUGGAUGAACCAUUGAAGGAUAGACUACUGAUACUGUUUAAUUUACCGCUGAUCAAAGAAGACGAUGAAGUGGUUAUCCCGAUUUUUGGUGACAAAUCUACCUACCGGGAUCCGGCUGCUCCCGACUACGGUUACAUAGCUUAUAAGAAUCGCAUAACGCGUCUGGAAAAACGAGUUCCUUACUCCGGUUACUCCAUCGAGAGGGCUUUUCUCUACCACGAAAUGUGUCGACAUCAUCUGGCAGCCAGCAAACUGGACGAAACACGUAUCAUUGCACGUCGGGUGAUCGACGAGGCGACCCAGAGUGGAAGUAAUCUGUGGAAAUUUCUUGGUGUUUUGGCUCUGGUGCGGGCCGAUUGCCUACAGAUGAAUUUGGAAAAGCUGACCGAUUCUUUGGCAGCAACUAGAGAACCUUUGGCGGCCCUAGCGGAUGAGCGACUCAAUCACCUAAUUUACGUGGCCACAAUUUUCAAUAAACAGUUGAUGGCCGAGAAAAUGGAUAAAAGGCCCUCCGUAGAAAUUGCACGCGUGAAGCUCAGUUGAUGUUACGAAGCUCUAAAUUAUUGGAAGUCUGUGAAGCUGAUUCCAAAUUAUGUGACUACCGGUGGUAUAAAUUUUAAAUAAAUGAAACAAAAACAAUCAAUGCCCCUUGUUAUCCUAGAC